UGCGUUGCACAAAACAAUGUCCACGGCCCGCAGAGCUCAAAGAUGAGGUGGAGCUCAGUGGGUUUGAGCGUCAUUGACAUAGUGUGGACGUUUCUGGCUUUAUGUUUCCUGGUUGCUUUUUGUAUUCACAAAAUCUCACUGAAUACGCCGAGAAGAUUUCAAUCAUGUCGUUUUCACGCGUUAUUUCAGGAUCUUAUUCGCUACGGAAAAACAAAACAGAACUUGAAACGAGACGACUGGAUGCUAGUGUUUGAUGUCCCAAAGAGGUGGUUCUGGCACUUCUAUGCCAUCUCUGUUGGCUGGAAUGGUCUUCUUCUUGUCUUGUACCUUAACUUCAUCUAUCGGGAUCAGUCAUACCCUUCAUGGCUGACUGGGAUAUUAGAUAUCUUGACAGGUGUACCAGGCACUAACAGUCAAGUCCCACAGCUGUCUACGAUCCUGGUGCAGCUGCUGCUCUGCAUCCACUCACUCAGGAGGCUGCUGGAGUGCCUGUUUGUCAGUGUUUUCUCUGAUGGGGCCAUGCAUCUAGUCCAGUAUGUGUUUGGUCUGGGGUACUAUGUUGUCCUGGGGCUGACGGCGCUCUGCUCAGAUCGCACGGGAACAGGGGCUGGCACCCUCAUUUCUCAGCUGGAUUGGUCUCAUGUGGCAGGAUUAGUAGUUUUCAUUGCAGCCUCACUGCUGCAGCAUCAGUCCAUGGUCCUGCUGGCCAGGCUCCGCACAGGAAAGUCAGGAACAGUGGAGACGCUCGCUCACAAAGUACCACAGGGAGGCUGGUUCGAGCUGGUGUCCUGCCCACAUUAUUUUGCUGAGCUGCUGAUCUACGUCUCACUAAGCCUCGUCUUCAGAGGCCUUUCUUUGACCUGGUGGCUCGUGGUCCUUUAUGUGCUCUUCAACCAGGCACUGGCGGCACAGCUUUGUCAUGACCUUUACAUUAGCAAAUAUAAGUCGUACCCAAAACAUAGAAGAGCAUUUAUACCCUUUGUGCUCUGAACGCGGUGAUAUUGCUGAGUUUUUGUGACCAUAAAUGGAAACUGUGAAGUUCGAAAACAGUGUCUGAGGAGCGGAAGGCACAGGACUACUCUUUUUCAGUUUUUACUGACUGGAUCAAAUGAACAACCCAACACAGGAUUUCCAAGUGUGAAUGUUAGUUUAGUCUGGUGAGACGUGAGCUGAUGUGAAACACACUGACAUGUCAACAAACAUGUAACAAUAAAAUACAUUUUUACAUUUACAGCA